AUGGAGGUAGAAUUUGAGUCCGUUCUACUUCCAGGCUUGCCAAAUCAUCUUGCUCAGAUUUGUCUUUCCACUCUCCAUCCUUCUGUUCUCUACAGGGUGUGCCAUUCAUGGCGGCGUUUAAUUUACUCCCCUUCUUUUCCUCCAUUUUCCUCUCUUUACACGGUUCUUUCGCGUCCAGAUUCUGUAGAUUUCUGCUGUUUUGAUCCUAUUUCGUCCACCUGGAAGGAGCUGCCAAGUCCUCCAUCGGAACCACCUCUGUGCCUCCUCCGCCGGCAUCCCUCUUUCAUAUCAAGAUCUCUUCCUAUUCAGUCUCUAGCAGUUUCAGGGCGCUUAGUUUUGAUAUCCGCCACCACUCAUAAGUUUCUUCCAGCGUUAAGCCAUCCAUUAGUCUUCGACCCUUUAUCCAGUAACUGGACUUUUGGCCCUCCACUGUCUAAUCCACGCCGCUGGUGCGUAGCGGGUUCUGCACAGGGUGCAGUAUACAUAGCAAGUGGCGUUGGUGCGCAGUACCACAGCGAUGUAGCACGGUCUGUCGAGAAAUGGGACAUGAACAAGAAGGAAAUGGACUGGAACUGGGAAAAUAUGGCUUCACUUAAAGACGGGAGGUUCAGUAGAGAAGCUGUGGAAGCACUUGGGUACAGAAACAAGCUUUACAUGGUAAAUGUAAACGGAAAAGCCCCUAAAGACGGGAUUGUUUAUGAUUUCUUGACGAAUCAGUGGGAAGAAAUGCCGCGGGGGAUGCUUGCCGGAUGGAUCGGCCCGGCUGCCGUGGAUGGUGAUUUUAUAUACGAGGUAGAUCAGGAAAAUGGUUCUCUUAGCAAGUAUAAUGCAGAAAAUGAUUGCUGGGAGAAUCUGAUCGAGUUCUCGGAGCAUCUAAAAGGUGCUGAAUAUAUAGCUGCAGGCGGAGGAAGAGUUUGUGCUGUUUGUGCCGGUGGUGGAGAGAUUCUCGUGGUUGACAUUUUAGCGACACCAGCUAAGAUUUGGGCGGUGGCUCCACCACCUGAAUCGGAAGUUGUAGCUAUUCAUAUACUGCCAAGGAUGACUCAUUUUGAGAACUAA